AGAAGCAGUUUGUUCGUUAGUUAGCUAACGCUACGGCCUACACUACAAUAUCUAACUAGGCUAGCUAGCAGUCGAAACAUUAUCUUGUUAACAUAGGCUCAGGUAUCAUUGAAGCUACUCACCGGUUUUUCCAGCGUGACCUGGUACGUUUUGGAAUUUUACUGGGCCUUCUGCGUUUCCAGAAAAUGAAGCUAACUUGGCUCAAUCGGCGCGCGAGCAACGGCUGCGGUUAUUUGAAAUAGCAAGUUGGCUUUAAUUUGGCAGUGGAGGACAGCAUUCACGUUACUCGCAAUUUGCGAGGACAAACCCGGGAGGGAAGACAGAGCAGGGAGCCUCUGGAUGGCAAGAAAGUCGAUGCACUUUACAUCAAAGCACAACAAAUUGGAGCCACUGGUGGUCUGUGGCCAUUCCCCUAUGGAAAAGCAAAAAUGGACAAAGGCAACAAAUAGAGUCCUGGAAAAGGAGAAGGAGGAGAGAAGGCGAGCGGAGGAACAGAAGAUGAGGAAGGAACAGAAAAAGAAGAUUGCUGAGAGUGGCAGGCAAGAGGAAGAGGAAAAAAGACACAAGAAGGAACUGGAAAUAGCAGCAAAGGAGGGAAAGAGAAUGAAGAUGGAGGAGCAGAGAAAAAGACAAAAGCAGAGGAAACAAGUGCAGGAGAUGGAGAGAAAAGAGCAGGAGGAGAAGAACAGGCAGGUGAAGGAAAACCUGGUGAGAGAAAAUGAAAGGGAGAAGUGGAUGAAGUGGAGAGAAGACAAAUGGAGGCCAGAAAGCAGAUAAAGAGGGAACAGGAAAAGAAGAAAGGCCUCGAGAGGGACAGGAAAGAAAAGGACAGGGCAGAGGAGAAAUGGCAAGCUGAGAAUGAGCGGAGGAAAAGGGAGGAUGAGCAGAAGAGAAAACGAAGGGACAGAGAGAUACAGGAGAUUGAGAGAGUGAUGGAAAAGACAGAAAGGAUGAAGCAAGCUGAAGAACAGGAGGAACUGGAAAGGAUCAUUCAGAAGCGGGCAGAGAGAGAGAAGGAAGCCCAGGAUAAAAAGAAAGAAA